AUGAGUCAUGGGGGUGUUAGCCUGAGUGACGAGAAAGACGGCGGUGUUCUGAACCUGUCGGCGACAUCAACAGCGGGAGGAGAUGCCAGGACCAGCGUCGCUUUCGACUACACGGCGGAAUCGCUCGCGUGCCACGACAGCCCUUCGGGCACGUGCGGCUUCUUGUACACGGCACCGUCGCCGUCGUCGACUGCAUCGUCGUGCUCUGUCCGGCUCAUUGCAGAUUCAGGAGGCCGCACAAGUGGGAGUAGAAACAAUGGUUCGCUCGUCAGUGCGGCGAGAUCUCCCUCCGUUGUCGGAAAAGGCCAGAGCUUGGAGUGGGGCGGCGGCGGCGGCAGCAGCAGCACGAACGGUGGCAGCACGAGCAGUACUCCGAUUAGACAGCAGCCAGAGCCCGCCGUGGGAGGACAGGUAUUCCCUGCAACGACAGCUGUUGCUGUUGGUGCUGCCUGCACUGCGUCUAGUCCAGCCUUUCGGCGGUCGGCGAUACGACGUGAGCAACAACCUGCAGUCCCGCCGCGGCCGGCAGCACUCGCCGACACGCCACGAGACACUCCGACGGCCGACGGGGCGCUGCUCUGCCGUGCGCCUAGUGUCUUCGGCAAGAAGCCCAACGCGGAAGUGUUGACGCCGCCAACGGUAGUAGGGGGGGCGAGAGCGGGGGUGGCGGCAGGCGGCGGCGGCAGCGAUGGCCUGUUCGUCGCCCUCCUGGACAACAUCAGCCUGUCUCAGAUCUUGCCUUCCCAAGGGACUCAGGGAGGGACAGCAGGGACUCAGGAAGAGUCUAGGCUCGGACUCCUCGGGAGCCUGGCGCUUCGAGACUCGGAGGAGGACGACGCGGACCUGAAUGUCGGCGAACACGACGCCGCUAGCAGAUUAACACCUACCGUUCACUGCUCUCCCGACGGCGAGUCUCGCGACAAACAGCAGAAGCACCACCGGCAGCAGUCGCUGACACCGCAGCAUCCGUGCUUGGCAGAAGCCGAAACCUUUGGAAAGAUUGGCCCCGCUCUGACGCCCGCGGCAAGAGCGGACGCUGACUCUUCCUCUGUUUCUCCCCUCCUCCUACUCCUCCCUCCGGCCUGUCCGAUUGCUACCAACCCUGGUCCCGCCGCUUCGAUGGUGGCUACCUCCUCCGCGUACGCAGCGGCGAAGGACACCGGCGAUUGCGUGGAAACGGCGCCGUCCGAGAGACACGCCGCCGAAGCCCUGCGGACGGCAGCUGCGUCGCCGCUGCUUCGCGUAACAUCUCCGGCGCAACAGAGGCGGUCGGACGCGGGGUUGUCCUCAACCCUAGGCUCAUUGAACGCUCCGAGUGCUGCUGUGGCUGCGGCAGCGGGGGCUGCAGUCGCAGACGAGGGUGACGCGCAGCAUGCGGCGGCCGCGGGGGCCGCGGCCGCGGCGGCUGAUGGCGAGGUUUCGAGCGAGAAAGAUCUAGCAGCAGGCGGUGGAGAUGCGUCCGCUGGGUUGAAAAGCUGCGGAGCAGCCGGAGUGGCGGUGGCGGGGCGUGAAGUGACGGGGGGUGGCGUGGAUGGGAAUGGGCGCGAGGACAGCCCCGCGGUUUCUACGGUGUCGUCUUUCAACCUCGACUUAUCGUUGACGCCCGAGUGCGGAAGAACGGCUGCCGCGGGGGCGACCAAGCCUCCUCCGGCCCAACCAUCGGUCCGAGACAGCACCGACUCCUGCUUGUCUAGCCUUUGCUUGGACCUGCCAUCCUCCGUCCCACCGAGCAGCAGCAAGAGGGACUCAGCGGCGCAUACCAUGUCCCCGCCCUCGGGGGGGCUCAUGGGUCAGACCGCCGCCGCUGCCGCUGCCGCCCCCCAACCCCGAGAGGACUCCGGCGCGCAGAGUCGGAGCGGGGGCACUAGGGGUGGCAACAUCGGUAGCUGCAGCAGCCACGGCAGGAACAGCGUAGCCGAGAGCGAUAGCCCCUGGUCCCUCAGAGCGCUGUCGUCAGAGGAGCUAUCCCCCGUCAGCCCUUACCAGGGGGGCCGUUGCUCGCCGGCUGCUGCCCCCACCAGUGUACCACCGGGUCCACCCUCAUCGACUCGCAAGUCUGUCGGUGCCAUCGAAGAAGAAGGCGGUAGGGCGAGAGGCGGCCAGGAGGGCAUGCAGAGAGCGGCAGCCGCAAUCCAGCUCGUUGAUCGUGACGAUCACGCUGGCGGCAGUGCUCCCAGGAGGAACAGGGCAGGGGACCGGCGUCGAGCGGGGCGGUUAUGCGCUUCAACGGUCUCGGGGGAGACGCCGGGAGGCGGUCAUGAGAAAGGGGUUGCGUCCUGCUCACGUCCUCGCGAGGGAGGUGUUCCGUGCACCGCCGGGGGAAGCGCACCAGCGCUAGCAGCACAGGGAGCAAUAGGAGGAGAGGGAAAGCUGCCGGAGCCGGGGGCCGACGAGGAGGACGAGGAGGAGACGGAGGACGUGUCGCCGAACACCACUGCCGCCGCCGCCGCCGCCGCUGCCGUCGUUGCUACGCCUCGCGCAGAUAGUUGCCUCGCCGGCUCGGACGCCGUUAAGGCUUGGGGUGUGACGGGCGAUCUCGGAGACCUAGAUAAGCGAGAAGUCGACGGCAGGCGCAGCGAUGGGCCAGCCUUCUCCCGCUCUGCAGGCACGGGGCACGCGGAGGGCACCGUUGCGCUCUCUGGCUCCGGCUCGACAGGUAGCGGCGGCGGCGGCGGUUGUGGUACACGGGUCGAUUCGAGGAGCGGGGAGGUGGCGGCGAUUCCGACGGGACCCAGUGUAAGAUCAGAAGCGGUGACGGCAAUCACCCACCCUGUUGUGCGUUCGGUCGGGGCCGGAUUUCAGAACGGUGCCGCCGCUUGGGCAACGCCGAGUCAGAAUCGUGGCAGUAGCAGGAGCAGCAGCGUCGAGAUGGUGUACUUCACCGACGGGGCUGCCGCCAAGAAACGAACCAACUGGGCCGCCGGGGUGUGCGGUCGGGGGGAACUCUUGUCCUAUCCCGGGGAAGGAGGAGAGACAUUCAAGAAAGCGGUAGGAGCGGGGGGUGUCGACAACGACACCGCCCGGGGGGAGGAAGUCUCCACCGCCGGUGAGGGGGAUCCUGCGGCCGAACCAGCGGGGAGAGAAUCAGAAGGGCUUGCAGGGGAAGGUGUACCUGGUAAAGCGGCGGCGGCCGCGGAGGGAGAGAGUGGCCCGCCGCCUCAUCGCUCCCCGCGUCCGGCGGCUAAGGGGCCCAGACGGGCGACGACGUCGUCGACCAGCGCGCAGCAGCUGGUGUUCACGAGCGAGGAGGAAGAAAGCGGCGGGUCCUUGGCGGUCAGGAACAACGCCAGGGAUUCUACUCUUGCCACCGACCCGAGCCCCGUGAAGUUCUUGGCAACGCCGCCGCCUUCAGCUUCCGUGGCAGUCGAUCGGUGCGGCGAAGGCUCAUCCCUGGCGCCGAGCAAGGAGGCUGGUCCAGACGCGCGCUUGCGGGAACCUCCACCGUGUGAGCUGCGUGCGGGAGAUGGGGCAGGGGAGGCGUCGAAGGAUAAAGCCGGCAGAGGCGGCGGCGGGAACAAUGCUCCCGAUGGCAGACAGCGAGACGGCGGUGGAGUUGCGGCAGCGACAUCCUUGCCGCCGCGGGUACCGGCGGCGGCGGCAAGGACGGCGGUGGCAGACAAAGUCGACGGUCUUCCCGGACACUGCCUGUCCCGGCUCGGCCUCUCGACGGACGCGCACACCUCUGGAGCAGAUGUGACCGGAGCGGUCGUCUCAGCCACAGCGGGGGGUUCUAAGGCUGUGGGCAGAGACGGCGCGCCUUCUCCUCGUUGCGCUACGCGGGCCGGCAAGAGGAAGGCGCGACUACCACCGAAGGAGACGGGGGCAGCCUCCUCGGCGACUUCGGCCGCCGCUCCCGCCGCGGCUCCGGUGCCCGCCCGACCAUCGGCGGACGGUUGGUUCGCCAGCCGCCGAGUGGGAGCGGGGCACGGCAACGAUGACGACGACUCGCCGCCGACUCCUUGCAGCAGCAGCGUCGGGGCGGGGGGGACGGCGACGGAGAGUCCGGACCUCCUCCUCCUCGCAGCGUCCCGGUCUGCCGGUAGAUUAAGGGACCCCGCGAAAAUUGGCGGCGGUGCCGACCCCCUCCUAGGACCGUGCUCGCUAGGCGCGAGCGGGCGCCGGGCUAGCUAUAAAGGCGCCCACCGCGGGGGGGGGUCUGGGAGGGGCGAGGGGCGUGCGGCGGCCAUGUCGCGGUCCACGAGUGCCCCAUCUCGUAGCGGCGGAGGCGUUUCGGCGGCUUAUGGGGGCACCGCUGUUGAUGCUGGCGGGGUCCGCAGCAGCAACUGGGGGCCGUUGGAGGCGGCGAACAGCAGUGGCCGGCGGGAUGCAGCGAGGGGUGGGAGGAGGGCUGCGGGAUUAGUUGGUGACACGCUGAGACGAGGGCCUCGUUCGGGGAGGCGCGACUUGGCCGUGGAAGAUCCGGGUGGGUGUGAGACGAGUGCGGGAACUUUUCCUCUACGAGCCCUGGAGGUGAUAUCACCAGACGAAAUCGAAACAACGCCGCCCGUCCCAGCUCCCAAGAAGCGCCUCAAGGCUCGAAAACUGGCGGCAGUGGCCGCGGCGGCGACAGCGGCGGCGGAGGGUAAGCCGGCCGCUGGAAAGUCGACCCCACCGGCGAUACCGGACAACAGGGAGGAGGAGAGGGGCGGGGGCGAGGAGGACAGGCCGGGGGAAGCGGGCGAAAGAGGGCGGGGCGGCACACUGGAGGAAGACGAGGAGAGGGGGGAGGUGAUGGAGGGAGAGGGGCAAGGCAGCAUUUUUGAGGGCGACGGCAAGGAGGAGGAGGAGGAAUUGGCGGAGGAAGAGGGGCAGGGCGGCCAGGCGGAGAAACACGGGAAGGGGGACGAGGAGAGGGAGGAGGAGAAGGACGUAAAAGAGGAGGAGCAGGAACGCGAGGAGAGAGAAGACGAGGAGAAGGGGCAGGAACUCAUGAUGGAGAGAGCAGUGGAGAUGGAGGAGGAGGACGAGGAGGAGGAUCACACGAAGGGAGACGUGGCAGAGGAGGAGCAGGAAUGCGAGGAGAGAGAAGCGGAGGAGGACGAGGAGGAGGAGGAGAACGAGGAGGAGGAGGAGGAGGACGAGGAGGAGGAAGAAGAUGCCGAAUCUGCCACCCUUACGGACACAGACAUCGACACCGAGACGGAGACGGAAGAACCUGCAGCAGCCGCUUUCGCGCCCGCUGCCGAAGGCCAGCCUCGACCGCACGGGAGCCAGCAGCGCAGGGAGCAUCAACACGAUGUUGUGGCAGAGGGGGGCGGAGGUGCAGCAGCGCCGACAACGGCGUCGCCGACGGCCACUGAGGUGCCGGGGGCAGGUCUUGAGUCGGGUGGAAGAGGUGCAUCGGCUGCAAGGUUGGUUUCGGAGGGCAGCAGCUCGAUAGUGGGCGUCGGCCCCUCUGCUGCAGCUCUUGCGAGCACCCGUUCCCGAGGAGCUCUUCCCCGGCCGCCUGUACAGGCGAGAAAACGAAGAGGAACUAAGCUUCUCGCCCUGCUACAACGGGCCAAGAACACCGGGGCUCCGCUGGGGGGUAUCCUGCGUAAGCUGUCGGAGUUGCGAAGCCUGCAGUUUCGGCACGACCCUCGGCACAACCCCGGUGCCCGCAAGACGCAAGCCAGGGUCCCCGCCACCCCCCGGAUCGCAGCCGAGGAGGAGACGGCGUGGGUCCGGCAGAUGUUCUCCGAUCUGAGGAGGGGCGUGUCGGCCGGAGUCGGCGGUGAUAGCGAGGCGCCUUCUUUCCCUUCCACCUCGCGCGGCGGCGGCAGUGGCGGCAGCAGCGGUGGCGGUGGCGGUGGCGGUGGCGGUGGCGGUGGCGGUGACGGUGGCGGUGACAGUGGCGGUGGCGGUAGCGGUGGCGGUGACAGUGGCGGUGGCGGUAGCGGUGGCGGUGGCGGUGGCAGUGGCAGUGGCGGUAGUAUUGACGCGGGUUCGUCUGCGCCCGUUGGCGAGCGUCGCGGCCGGCUGAUACGCUCCGGCACCCCGGAGCUCCGCGAAGCCUCUAGCUCUACGCCGACCCCGGUAGAAGUGCCGGGUCCGUCGUUGGCACUCGGGCAGGGGAGGCGGCGGCGGCGGUCUGCGACGGUCGGUGGAGGGGACGCUACGUGUCUCCAACCCCCGGCCAAGCGCCGUGCCGGUGCCAAGACUUCUGCGGCGGCGACCCCCCCGGUCGGUCUAGGACCUGUUGCCGGCUUUACCGGUCCAGACUAUGGCGGUGGGAGCGGUGACGAUAGCGCCCAUCGCCCAGCCACAGCAGCACCAGCACCAGCAGGUGUUGCCGGGGCGACCGUGAAGGCGGUCAAGCCGGCCUUGGCAGAGGUCUACUUGUCGCCGGCGCGCGUGAAGUCGCCGAUCAGCGGUUGCUACGGAGCGGCGACGUCGUCGUCCUCCGGUCGACGCCAUCUCCACCACCUCCAGAGGGCAUCCACCGUUCCGUCUCCAACCCGCACCGUCACCCUCUCCUCCGCGAUCAGCGCCGAAACCGUGUCUGUCUGCGCUUCUGCAGGUGCGAUCAGCCCUACUAGCAGAGCUCGCGCUGCUGGUUCUCGGCGCUCUUCGUCGAUGGCGGUAGGAGCUAGCGGCGAUGGCGGAGGCGCCGUAUUCCCGGAAGCCAGGGAUUGUACCCGUGACCGCUGCCAAAAGGCAACCGCCGAUCAGCUGAACGACCCGGUCUUCCGCGGAAGGAUGAAGGUGAGAACAAGGGCCGCGAAUGCAGCAGCCGCCGCGGCAGCGAGCACCUGCGGCAACACCGUCAGUGGGAAUGGCGGUGGUUCCGCACUAACAGGCGCAAGGUGUCAACCCGACAGGAGAAUCCAUCAGGCCGGGUGGGUGGACGACGUCGGUCGAGGGCAGCAGGGGAAACGCGGCCGCGGCGGUGUCGAACAGCGCCAAGCAGCUGGGUUCAACGGGUGGAUGUCGUCUCGACGGCAGGAUUGGGGCCUGGAUGACGUCGGCCUCCCGGCCGCACAGUCCCGCGGCGCCGCAUCCUCGGCAUCUUCCCGGCGUCUUCCGCGCUCCAAAACUGCGCCUCCGCCUUCCAAGUCGGGAGGAGGAGCAGCAUCGCCACCGCCGCCACCGCUGCCACCCGCCUCUGCGGCUAGAGCGAAACCGACUGCGGAAUGUUUUACUGGUCCUUCGCUAGGAGGCAAGAGCGGCGGAGCGAGAGCAUCAGCGGCAAUCGGUUCCGCCCGCAGCAGGGGCACGAAGAGGGGGGCUGACGGUGGCAGUAGUGGCGGCGGCGGCGAUGGUGGCAGCGGUGGCGGGUGUGACGGCGGCACUAGGCCGCGGAGUGUUGGCGUCGGGCCGCGGUCGCACGCGAAAAAGAAGAGUCGAGGUAACAAGGAGGGCGUACGAGAGGAUGCAGGGGCUGUGGCAGCGGUACCGGCUGUGCCGGCUGCCCCGGCGGGUUCAGCGGACAGGACACGGGCUGACAAGACUUUGACGUCGUCGCCCUCUCCCGGGCCGCGGCAGAAGACCAGUGGGUCCGUUCGGUGCCGUGAGGUAUCGCACGAAGGAGGACGCGGAAUACCGGCAAAGAAGUGCUGCCGUCAGCAGCGCGCUACAAGCUCAGCAGCGGCGAUGGCGGUGUCACCCGUCACGUCUGCGGCACGCCAGCACCACCGAAGCCGCGGUCCUAGAGGAGAGAAGAUGCUCCGACAAGCAAGCGUCCAGGCGGCAGGCACCGCCGCCGCCGCUCCCACUCCCACCGCAGAGAAUGUUCGAGAUUCUCCCGCCGCGGCCGCGGCCGCCGCCGCCGGCAGAAGUGGGCCCUUGUUCGGGCUGAGCUUGGUGCUGGUAGGGCUCCCCGACGACGUCCACCGGGACGUCGAGCGCACGAUUGUCGCUGGCGGCGGCCGAGUCUUGGACGACAUGCCGCCGCCGAAAACACGGGGGGGGCUUGCGUUGCGACCACCCGCCGCCGGUGCAGAGGCUGCCGCGGCCGCGGCCGAUGCCUCUCGCCGGGGACGGAAGAGGGACAAAGUCACCACGGCGGCGGCGGCGGAGGAAAAAGAAGAUGUCGUGGUUGUCGUGUCCGUGCCGUCGGCGUUUCGAUUGCCGAGGUACGUGCUCGCCAUCGCAACGGGGACCCCGCUGCUCCACCACCUCUGGGUCAGCGACAGUGCGGCGGAAGCGCGGCCCCUGCCGGCCUCGCCGUACCUCCUGCCGGGGGCGCGGGAGGCUUCCAGGAGGCGGCAAGCCGCUUCUUCGGCCGGCGCCGCCGCUGUAGGCACGACGACGGCGACGGCAAAGGCCGGCGGCAGCCACAAGGUGUCGCGCGCGGCCCUGGCGAAAGCGGUCUCCAAGACGGGAACCCCGCUAUUGGGGAUGGCCAUCGGAGUCGCCCACCCGUCCCCGACGACGUGCGAGCGCUGGGCGCAGGUCCUCAGGGCUGCCGGGGCGCAGACGGUGCUGCGGAUCACCGGUGAUCCCCUCCUCCUUCUUCCCCCCCAGGAGAAGACCGCCGACUGGACGACAAGUAGUCCGUCGAGGGGCACCCGGUCCUGCAGCCGAGGGAGGAGGACGGCGGGGGCGUCGUCAUCGUCGUCGUCGUCGCUACAGGCGGGGCAGCUGGCGGGCCUUGACUGCGUGCUGUGCGAUUUUCCGGGCGCAUGGAACGGUUCAGGCGGCGGCGACGACACCGAGUGUCGUGCUGCCACCGGGCGGCGACCGGUAAGGGGCAACGGCGGCGUCCCCGCGAUCGCAGGCACCGCCACCAAGAAGGCCAAGUCUUCGCCGCCCCCUUUCUCUUCGCUUGGGCUCGUGUUUGAGGCCGCUAAGCUUGAGGGGGUGCCCGUGGUCGCGCUAUCCUGGGCGAUGGAUUGUGUGGUCCGGGGCACCCGAGUGAGGCAGCAGGCGCGCCCGGAGUACCUGACGCCGUUCCUGGAUGCUUCGGUGGCGGCAGGUCGGCCGUCCUCGCGGUCGCAGUCGCUCGCGGGGGGUACCGAUACCCGCUUACUUGUGGCCGUGUCGCGGAGCGGCACUCGCUAUGAGGUCGGCGACCACGUCUACUUUUCUGCGGCUGGAAGCGGGAGGGGCGGAGGCGGCUGUACCGGCGGCGGAGGAAGUGGCGUGCCUAGCGGCGGGGACGAACGGCGCCAGCAGCAAGCGGAGGUGGGGCGCAUCGUUCACCUGGAGCGAGCCGGGGGUAGCGGCGGCCGAGUGUUCGCGACGAUCGAGCCGCUGCAGAUACCCGACAACAAGCGCGCGGUUGUUUCGUCCCUCGGUGACAGCGGCGGCAGGGCCGCCGGCGGCGGGAGCGGCGCAUUGGGCAGAAGCUUUCUGCAAGUCGUCGUUCGCGGGGGUGGUGGUUAUUUCGCGAGCCCGUCGGCGGACAGCUCCGUCUCCAGGGGCAGGGCGAGGCGCGCGAGAGAGCUCAAGAAGGUCGUGCUCGCGGAGAAGAAAGGAAGCACAGCCGCCGGCGCUGGUACGCGCACCCCCGGCAGCCAGAACUGGCAGAAGGUGGAGGUUUCCGACGCGUUCCUGCUGGGAAGGGUGUCGGUGCUCUCGGCGCGGGAGUUCAACUCACGGCGGGGGUACUGCGGCCGGGACCCAGACGUGUACGUCCAGCAGCAGCGGGUGCCCACGGCCCGGGGUCCCCCCACCUUGCGGACGGGAAAGUAA